GGGAAACCCGACUGUGGCGACAUAUAUAUGUCCCCAAGAUGGGGGAGGCCGACGACCCAGAGGCCUUCCUGGAGACCUUCCGGGGGAUGGCCGAGGUCUCCGAGUGGCCGCCGCAGGAGUGGGCCCACCGUCUCCUGCCUCUGCUGACGGGAGAGGCCCAGCUCGCGGCCCACAGCCUACCAGCGGCGGCCCAGAAGGACUUUGACACCGUCGCCAGGGCUAUCCGGGACCGGUUGGGCCUAAACCCGGAGGAACAUCGCCGCCGGUUCCGGGCCCUGGCCUUCAACGACGGCGACCGGCCCUUCACCUACGCCCAGCAGCUGCGGGACCAGGCAAGGAGGUGGCUGGGCCCGGGAAAACACACACCGGAGGAGAUAGUGGAGCAGGUGGCCCUGGAGAGGUUCGUCGAGGGGCUUCCGACCAGAACAUCAACGUGGGUCCGGUACCACCAGCCCGGGAGCCUCUCGGCGGCCGUCAACAUCGCUGAGGGCCACCUGGCUCCCCCGCUGUCGGACCGCCGAUCCCGAGCCCGCGGACCGGUGCGGCAGCCCUGCAGCAGGACAGGCCCACCCAGGGGCCGAUGGCGAGAUGGGGGGGAUGUCCCAGUCAGGAGCAGGCACAUAGUGCACCUUCCCACCCCGUCCCGCAGACGGGCACUCAGACGGCAGGGGAGGCGUGUUGGCGGUGCGGACGGCCGGGCCAAAUUCGGCGGGACUGUCCGUUGAUGGAGGUGGGCCAGGUCGUCCGCGUCACCGGUGCCCCGGUUCUUCCCCACGGUCCCGGCGAGGCGUACCGUAUCCCGGUGAGGGUACAGCGGGUCAGGGGUGGAGAGAGAGAGAGGGAAGACGCUCUCUGUGAGCCAGGGAGAGCGUCAUAAGUGCUGGAGACGGACCCAGCCACACACGGAACGUUGUCCUUUUAUUGCAUGUGGAUUUUUUGUUAACCCGAAGGGGAAAUAAAUGGGAGUUCGCUCCUUUUCCUUCAAAGAACUGUGUCCUGACUCCGCUGAACCCGUUACAGUACCCUUAUGUAAGCUAUUUAGCCAUUCAACGAUGCAUUACGUGUAUUUUAAGUGUAUUGUUGAAAAU